CACAACGCUACUUAGUAGUAAUAACUGAAACACACAACGGCGACUACUUCAACACAAUGUGGCUGGCCGCGAACGACAUCUGUUGUCAUUAAACUGAGGCGGAAACGGUAAUGAUUACGUUUGGCCAACUCCGUUAGCAGCAAAGAAACGAAACCUAGCAAUGAGACAAUUUCGAGUCGAGUGUAUAAAAUGUACAUAAAGCGGCUCAAAUGUUAAUGCAAAUGAGAGUGGGCCGCCAAAUGGGAAUCCAUCCAGCAACAAACCACCGAAAUAACCGUCAAGCAGAAACCGAAGAGGGGACAACGAAACGAGAAUUUUGAUUCAGAUUUAAAUGAGCAGAAAUCAAAAACAGAACUCGAGGAGCGCAAAAGAGAAAGAAAGUAAAGCUUCAAGUGAAAAUUAGGCCAAAACUUUAUUCGAAUACAUAUAUGUAUUUUGCUUUCCCACCUGCCAAUCGGCCAUUGGCCAUUCCCGAUAAUAACAAACGAAACCUCGCCAGAAGAGGCCAUCCCAUCUACUAUAACAUUCACCGAACAUAGGAACUUCGUUCAAUUUAAUCAGAGUCAAGAAGAGUACUAAACAAAAAGCAAAGAUGGAAGUUCUGGAGAAUAUAGUCAAGAGUCUUCAAAGUCUGUUGUCAUCCUACAUCGACCUGGAUUACUCGAUGUGGCUGUAUCGCUUCCUGACGCCGCUGAUAGUCACAUUCCUGCUGCCCCUGGUCUUUGUGGCCCUUAUAUACAUAUCAUUCUUGGUGCUCUUCAUCUACAAGCUGCACAGGCAGGUGAUCAUGCGAGCUGUGCAGACCGAUCGCAACUUCUGGCGCGUGGGCCGCAAGAUAGUGGCCGCCAUAUGGGAUGCCCAUGCGAGAAUCUACCACGGGUACGAGGUGAUCGGUCUGGAGAACGUACCCCAGGAGGGUCCGGCGCUGAUUGUCUAUUACCAUGGAGCGAUACCCAUCGACAUGUACUACCUGAACUCUCGGAUGCUUCUGCAGCGAGAGCGCCUGAUCUACACGAUCGGGGAUAGGUUCCUGUUCAAGCUUCCCGGAUGGGGCACCAUAUCGGAGGCCUUCCACGUCAGUCCCGGCACCGUCCAAUCUUGUGUGAGCAUUCUGCGGGAUGGCAAUCUGCUGGCCAUCUCGCCGGGCGGCGUCUACGAGGCCCAGUUCGGAGACCAUUACUACGAGCUGCUGUGGCGCAAUCGUGUGGGCUUCGCAAAGGUUGCCCUGGAGGCCAAGGCCCCCAUAAUACCCUGCUUUACGCAAAAUCUACGGGAGGGGUUCCGGCAGGUAGGCAUCUUUCGGAACUUCUUUAUGCGGCUGUACAACAAGGUUCGCAUUCCGGUCUAUCCCAUCUACGGCGGCUUUCCGGUGAAGUUUCGCACGUAUUUGGGCAAACCGAUAGAGUACGAUGAGACCCUCACUCCGCAGGACCUACAGAACAAGGUUGCCACAGCCAUUGAGGAUUUGAUCAAUCAACAUCAGCGAUUGCCGGGCAGCAUUCUGCUGGCACUUUUGGACCGGCUCCCGGCCUUCAGACGGGCAUCUUCAGGCAUCAAAAAGAAGGUGGAGUAGGCGGAAAUCAGAGAGAUUGACUGGCUCCGAGAGUUUCUUCUCCUGCUGCCCCACAUCUUUGCCGGCAACGAUGAUAACUUUUGAAGAGAGAUUAACAGAGAUUGACUUUGGUUCUGGCCAUAGAAGACUUUCUUCCAUGUACUUCAUGAUCAUAGGACUAGCAUAUGUAUAAAUAGUUUAUACACUUACGCUGCGCAGAUCGAGUACCUUGGAUACUGCUUGGUCCCCCCGUUGCAUUAUGAUGCAAUGCCUUUUGUUUUCUCUUCGCGGUUUCUGUUAGACAUGUAAAUAGGUUCCUACGUUCAGUGCAAUCCCCAAUAAGAGCCGUCAAAACUCAGUCACGUUAACGUUCACUUAAGUGCAAACACGUAGAUCUUAUUAAUUGUAAUUAACACUAGCGAUAAGCCCAAUCCAAUCUCGCGAGCAGAAAUGUUCUUAAGUCAAUGUUCAACUAGAGUCCAAUUCUGAACAAAGAAGAAUUAUUCGAAUUAUUUUUCGUUGCUCUUUUUUAUACACACCAAAAGACAACAAAAGCAACAAAAAAACCUUAAACAUUUUGAUAUACUUUUUUCCUAAUAUAAUUCAGGCUGCAUUAAACAAUUAUCUAAUUAGUCUUGUGUUAAGUGUGUAUUUCU